GCAUCUUAAUGAGCCCACGUACCAUACUAAAAGAGAGUUGAUUUUUUGCACCAUUUCAUUCAAAACAACUUUGCCAGUCCACAAUGCAUAUAUAGGAAGAAAGAAAGAAAUGAAUUUGACUUGAUCAAACUUCAUCAUUAAUGCUUUAGUAGUAGGAUUUUAGGACCAUCGCUAUAAAUAAGCUCACCCUACUGGUGAUCUUCUCACAGCUAUCCUCUUCCUAUAGAUAAAGAGAGAUGGGGAAAUUUUCAAGCAAGUAUGUUGGCGUUUUAGCUGUGAUAUUUGUUUUAGUGCUAGGUAUAGCAGAAUGUAGAAAAAUAGAGAAAGAUGGCUUUGGAGAUGGUGCUGGGGGAGGUGGAGGCUUUGGUGGUGGUGCUGGUCUAGGUGGUGGUGGAGGAGGUGUUGGAGGAGGAGGCGGUGCUGGUGGUGGCUUCGGAGGAGGCAAGGGUGGUGGUGUAGGAAUUGGAGGAGGCAAAGGUGGAGGGGUUGGGGGUGGUGUAGGUGGGGGUGCUGGUGGUGGCAUUGGAGGUGGAGCCGGGGGAGGAGGUGGUGCCGGUGGGGGUGCUGGUGGAGGUAUUGGAGGUGGAGGAGGCAAAGGUGGAGGGUUUGGAGGUGGUGCCGGUGGGGGUGCUGGUGGAGGUAUUGGAGGAGGCAAAGGUGGAGGGGUUGGAGGUGGUGUAGGUGGGGGUUCUGGUGGAGGUAUUGGAGGAGGCAAAGGUGGAGGGUUUGGAGGUGGUGUAGGUGGGGGUUCUGGUGGUGGCAUUGGAGGUGGAGCCGGGGGAGGUGGUGGAGCUGGUGGGGGCGCUGGUGGUGGCGCUGGUGGUGGUGGAGGUAUUGGAGGAGGCAAAGGUGGAGGGGUUGGAGGUGGUGUAGGUGGGGGUUCUGGUGGUGGCAUUGGAGGUGGAGCCGGGGGAGGUGGUGGAGUUGGAGUUGGUGCUGGUGGGGGCGCUGGUGGUGGUGGAGGUAUUGGAGGAGGCAAAGGUGGAGGGGUUGGAGGUGGUGUAGGUGGGGGUUCUGGUGGUGGUUUUGGUGGUGGAGCCGGGGGAGGUGGCGGAGUUGGAGGGGGUGCUGGUGGUGGCAUCGGAGGUGGUGCUGGUGGCGGAAAAGGUGGUGGUGCAGGAGGAGGAUUUGGUGGGGGAGCUGGAGGUGGUGCUGGUGGUGGCUUCGGAGGAGGAGGAGGUUUCGGUGGAGGAAGUGGCGGUGGGCAUUAAUUCCUAAAGUUAGCGAGCUUUUAAUGUCAUGCUCGUGCAUGGGAUAUUAGUAAACAUAUUAAUUAUUAUUAUGUCGCAAUUAAGAUUAUAAUUAGAAUAAAUAACUAAAGCUUGUAUUAUCUUGCAUCAUUGUCUUCCACACGAAAAAGUAUAAAUGUAUAAUCAGUCUUCGACAAGAUGAACAAAUUGAAGUUA